UGUGUGUUUUAACUUUUAAACGUCGCGUGCGGGAAGGGUCACUGGACCACCUUGUUGUCUUGGCAACGUAUCGUUAGGAACGAGACCAGACAACAGAGAGGAAGACCCCAAAAUAUAUUUUUUAUUUCCCAAAACUCAAAACAAUAAAUAAAUAAAUAAAUAAAUAAUAAACGAGAAAUCAAGGAAAGGAACAGAGCACAAUACAAGGGAAAAUCCUGCGAUUUCGAAGCAGAAGAAGGACAAGAACAAAAAGCGUUGGUAUUCAGCAUCCUUAUGCAUACCAACAAGACACGCUUUUUUGUUCAAUCUCCAUAGCGGGUGAUGUAGCAGGCCAUAAAAGUAAGAACUCUGCUUCCUUGUCAUCUGGAAAGAAAUACUGUAUACCUGGGUUAGGAAUGGCUCCUGGAAGCAGUGUUUUCAAAGAAGUUCUUGAAUUUCACCUGAUGUCUUCAGAUUAUGAGACAGGCAAGGCUAAAUCUGAGGCCAAGAGUAAUGGUGCAUCUACAAAAUCUAGCGUUGGCUUGAAUGGAAAGAGCGGAGUUAAUUCAAAUAAUGGCGUGUACGAAUUACUUGGAUGUCCUGUUUGCAAGAAUUUAAUGUAUCCCCCAAUUCAUCAGUGCCCAAAUGGCCAUACACUCUGUUCCAAUUGUAAAAUUGAAGUCCAUAAUCUUUGCCCAUCCUGCCAUCAUGAUCUUGGGAAUAUAAGGUGUCUGGCUUUGGAGAAAGUUGCAGAAUCUCUGGAGCUUCCUUGCAGAUAUCAGAGUCUAGGUUGUCAUGAUAUAUUUCCGUACUAUACUAAGUUAAAGCAUGAACAAAGUUGUGGAUUUCGUCCAUACAAUUGCCCCUAUGCUGGAUCUGAGUGCUCUGUGAUGGGUGACAUUCCAACUCUUGUUGCCCAUCUCAAGGAUGAUCACAAGGUUGACAUGCAUGACGGGUGCACCUUUAAUCAUCGAUAUGUCAAAGCAAACCCACAUGAAGUUGAAAAUGCCACAUGGAUGCUAACUGUUUUUAAUAGUUUUGGAAGGCAUUUCUGCUUGCACUUUGAGGCGUACCAGCUUGGCACAGCUCCAGUUUACAUGGCUUUCUUACGGUUCAUGGGUGAUGACAAUGAAGCCAAGAAAUUCAGCUACAGCUUGGAAGUUGGUGCAAAUGGCCGGAAACUUAUAUGGCAAGGAAUUCCAAGGAGCAUUCGGGAUAGUCAUAGAAAAGUUCGAGAUAGUCAAGAUGGACUAAUAAUUCAGAGGAACCUAGCACUUUAUUUUUCUGGUGGAGAAAAACAAGAGUUGAAGCUGAGAAUCACUGGUCGUAUAUGGAGAGAAGAUUGAGAGAUGUAAAUAUAAAAUAUUAGAGAAGUAACGUUUGUUUUGAGAUUUUUGCUCUCUGGCAAAGAUAGCAGCACCAUGUAUGUCUGUCUGCUUAUCUCUCAAUAGUUUUCUUUUUCAUCUCCGUAUAGCUUGUGUCUUAGUCGUGGGGGUUACUUUCAAUUUGCCUCGGCCUUCUUUUGUUCUUGGACAAAAUUAUGUGCUUCUGAAUAUUGAAAAUCAAACUUACCCUGGUAAGUUUUUUAUGUUA